GCUCGCUCCAUGGACGUGAACAGGUGAGGAGUGCAUCUCCGUUCUUCACGUAUCGUGAACUGACUUGACAAACGUUCUUUUACUCGUUGAUGUGCCAUCGUCCACUGUCGUGCUCCAGAGUAUGCCUCCGGCGUCUGUUACACCGUUUAUGGGUCAGGGUCUUGAUAACGUCAGUGUCCAGGGAUUGGGAAAUAUGGCUGGUGGUAUGGGUGGCAUGCCUCGGCAGCAAUCCCAACCGCCAAUCAAUACACAUCAGCAAUCGCCUGCCCGCCAAAUACCCCCAGGCCACCGCUCCCCCAUGCCUCUUGUUCGGAAAGCCGGGGAGAUACCCGCCACACCGGCGCUUUCCGGGACCCCAAACCCCGCCGCACCACAUCCAGGUGCAGCUGUGGUACCGAAACUUCCCCCUCAUCUUGCAGGGCUCAAUCCCGCCGUAACCAAGAUUUCGUUCAUCCCUUACACUGUACACUCGAAACCCGAAGCAACCACCGAUGGCGAAGACGAGAAGGUUCCUGUCGAAGGUGCGACUGAUUCCGAAGACGCUGGUGCUUCCUCGCAGGUCAAAGUCGAAGAUCCAGUGAAACUGCUGACCCCAUCGGAGAUCAUCAUGUUGAAGGAAAUUAUGAAACGUGAUACAGCAUACGAUGCGCUGCACCGUACCAAACAAGCACGUAUGGCCCAGGAGUUGCGCACGCACGGUCCUGCGUCGCGAAGCGCCUGGUGGGAACGUGAUCAUGUUCCGGCCAUGGGCAUGAAUCGUAGACCUGAACGUUUCGAUGUGAGAUAUCCAAGAGCACCCAAUGCGGACCGGGGGUCGAAUAUCAAUUCAAGGAAGAAGGGUGUGAGGAGAGAAGGUAUUCGGAUCCCUAGGAAACUUCCUCCUCAACUGGCCAACCGCCCUGAGCAACUCGUGCCGAUCAGACUCGAGUUCGAUGUGGAGCAUCAUAAGAUGCGCGAGACCUUUGUAUGGAAUCUGAAUGAUCCCGUCAUCACUCCAGAGCAUUUUGCCCAGACGCUCAUUGAGGAUUAUGCGCUGCCCCAGAGUUACCAAGGUGUCAUCACGAGAGCGAUUCAGGAGCAGCUGAGCGACUUCAAGGCUCACAUUGCUAGCGUGGACGGCGACUGGAAACCUCCAUCCUCAGCGAGGGAGAUGGUGACUACGGAUGGCUAUAAAGCAGACGAAGAAGACGGGAAUGACGCGGACGUGCGGGAGAUGGACGCUGAAGACGUUACCGACAACUAUAAUCGCAAGCUUCUUGAUGAUGAUGACCUGACCAUGGUGGACCAGGGUAGUCUUGACGACGAGGACGUGAAAUGGUGGGAGUCAUGGCGCAAGCGAUCACGGCAAGAAAGCGCAUUUACUCGUAGCAUAUCCUCGAGGAAUCAACGUAAGCGUCGCAAGGUGAUCUCGGUCAAGGUUGAGGAAAGCGACGCAUUCGAGACUGACAAGGAAAUUCCACACACCGCGGAUGAGAUCGAGGUCGAUGAGAAGACGGUGCAUGAAGAUUUACGUAUCUUGAUAAAGCUCGACAUCAUCGUCGGAUCUAUGAAGCUGGAUGAUCAGUUUGAAUGGGAUCUUGAGAAUGCGGAUGCUUCCCCUGAGCAAUUUGCGGACGUGUAUGCGAAAGAGUUGGGCCUUGGUGGGGAAUUCAAAACGGCCAUCGCGCAUUGCAUACGCGAACAAGUUCAAAUUUAUCAAAAGUCGCUCUUCCUCGUCGGCCACCCCUCAGAUGGUUCUACUGUCCAAGACGAUGACCUGCGCAUGUCCUUCCUACCCAACCUCGCAUCCGGUGCUAGAGCAAUGGAUCAAGUACAAUCGUUUACACCACUGCUCAACUAUCUCAGCGACGGCGAGAUUGAACGUAGUGAGAAGGAGAGGGAGAAGGAGCUCACCAAGCGCAGGAAACGGAAUACACGAGGACGUCGAGGUAUCGCUUUGCCUGAUCGGGAGCCUAAUCGCACAUACCGCACACCUGCCUUUGGGUUCCCAGAGCUGGACGCUGCAACCCUUGCGUUGGCCGCCGCGAACGCGCCGACUUCGAGACGUGCUGCAGCUGCGGCUGCUUCUCUCACGAUUGCCAACAUGGUUGCCUCAGAAAAUGGCACGAGCGUCAUGCCGCUACAGCUGCCUCCCCAGCAGACCAUAUCCACCGCUGUCGCUGCUGGAAAAGAGAAGAAACCUAAAGGGUUGUUCAAGGCGCCUUCGUAUCCUUCCUCCGUGCUUCGGCCUCGUGCUAAAGUCACUGCUCCCACACCGUCGACAGCGGUUGAAUCGACGUCGAUGUUGCCUUCAUCGUUUCUUGAUGUUGAAGCACCCACCUCCUCGGUUAGUAUCCCUGCCCCCGAUUCGCGAGCCGUCGCAAAGAAAGCCAAGGAGCUCGAAAGGGAGGCUAAAGAAAAAGAGUUUGUCGAUGGACAGCAUGCUAAUGUGAUCAAUGGGGUGUGGCACUGCUCCAACUGCGGCUGUCCGGAGAGCGUUGCUAUCGGACGAAGAAAGGGUCCUUUGGGCGACAAAUCGCAAUGUGGUACAUGUGGCAAAUACUGGCAUCGACACCGCAGACCCCGCCCUGUAACAUAUAGCCAAGAUCCCGAUUACCAUUUGAACCUGAGGCGCGAAACAGAACAGGUUAAAAUCGGGGUGAAACGAAAAGGACGAGCGCCGAAUUCUCAGGUGGCUGCUGAUGGCCAAGAUACGCCUAGUCGACAAAAAUCAGACCUCUCCGUCGAUAUCUCUACUCGAUUGCCCGUACCGGCUUCCGAAGCCAUGUCACCAGUAUCGACUGCCUCUAGUGAUACGGAAGCUCCUCUAGCCCAACGCGUCACAAAAGUCAACGGCGCCAAUCACACAGGACUUGCGUCGUCAUCUGGGACACCUCCUCCAACAAGCAACGGGAUUGCACGUCCUAAGUCACCCAGGGAAAGUAGUGCUCCAAUUUCAAACGGCUCAUACGCCGCUCCAACAUGGCUAACCACAGCAAUUCGUUCGCUUCAAGAACAAUAUCCAGAUGACAAGUUCGAAGCAAUCCUGCGUCGACCUGCCCCGCGUGGUAUACCAGAGUGGAGGAUGAAAUGUCUGGAUUGCCCCGGCAAGCUAUAUAACUCUGGGCCUGGGGAUACGCUGCAGAACUAUGAAGUCCAUCUUAGAAACCGACAACAUCGCUUACGGGUGAAUGCUCGUCUGACGCAGGCGCCAGCAUCAUAAUAUUGGACGGUUUACAUUGUAUUGGCUGGCUUGCGCUAUUUUAGUAUUUUCUUUGUGCCAUUUGUUGUCCUCAUCUGCUAUCUGUAUAACGUAUAUACCUUUGCUUGUAAUCGCUAUUGGAUUACUUAACCCAAACUAAACCCA